ACACCAGCCCUGACAAAUUGAGCCGUUAUCGCAAAAAUAUAUCGACUACAAAUAAAUUAUCAACGAUUGAAUUUAACAUCCCAUCCCUAAUUCACAAUAAUAAUGCAGGGGGAUUGCCUGGGGCAGUGACGAUGUCGCAAACGAUGAGGCACAACACGCAAAAGAAAAAUUAAGCCGAGCAGAAAACACAACAACACAAGAAACAACAACCACAACAGAGCGGAGUUAUUUUCGGCCCCAAAUCAAAGAUUGCGGAAGCCACGGCCCGGACAAGACACGGAAGUUACUCUUAACACUCGACCCCACUCUCAAGAUCAGACCCUGAGGAGCCAUGGCCGCGGUGCUGCCCGAGAACGCAGCCGAAAUCGCCGUUGCCAAUGAAAUCAAUAACAUCAACGGUAACCCGAAUGUAAAUGGAAAUGGCAAUGGGAAUGGGAACGCCAACGCGCGUAAUCGCGGCCUAGGGGGCGGAGCUGGACAGAACAAUAUGAUGAACAUGCGGGAUCGGCUAUUCCAUGCGAUCUACUUUCGUGCGGCGGCCGCGUAUGCAGAGUUGGUGCCACGGAAGGUUCAGCUAACCAUCGAGUUCUUGCUGCUGGCCAAAGCGCUGGUGUUCUUCUUCACCCUCGUCUAUGUGCAUCAUGCCUUCAUCAAGAAUCCCUGCACCUGUCUGCAGGAGGUGCAGAACUGGCCGCGAGAAGGUGUCAUCAGAGUGGAGAUUAUUCCCCAUCUGGCGGAGAAGCGAGCCAUUUGGCAGAGCAUCAAGCAGGAUCAGCAGGUGGUUCGCUCCCUUAAAGAUUCUUACUACUAUGACGAGGGCCCUCAGACGCUGGACAACUACAAUAGACUCAAGCGCUAUGAGGCGAUCCUGCGCAAGCUGGGCUUGCCCGUUCGCCCGACCAUUGCCUAUAGCAACGAGACUCUGUACUAUUACUUCGAUGCCAUCAACAUACUAGACACCUACGAUCACCCCAAUGCCAUACAGCUCAAAAACGAAGACGACGAUGAUGAGCAAUACAUUGUCGAGUAUUCGCUAGAAUAUGGACACCUGCGCCUCUCAUCGGCCACCCGCAAGCGGCUGCAAAUACCCGUGCUCACAGUGCAAUUGGAUCCCAACACAAACGAAUGCUUCGGCGAUAGAUUAACGCGCUACUUGCUCAAGCGUCUACUAGGCUACGAUGACUUACUGAUGGCCGCGGUGCGCACAAUAGCAGAGAAGGAGGAGAACAAGGGCUAUUUGCGUAAUGUGAUCACUGGCGAGCACUAUCGCUUUGUGUCCAUGUGGUGGGCUGCCUGGAGCAGCUAUCCGGCUGCCUUUUCUGUGAUGCUAUUGUUUACGUUCUCCGUGUCCAUGCUCCUUCGGUACUCGCAUCAUCAGAUCUUUGUUUUUAUAGUGGAUCUGCUGCAAAUGCUGGAGUACAAUGUGUCUGCUAGGUUCCCCAUUGCUCCGCUCCUGACCGUAAUCCUGGCGCUCGUAGGAAUGGAGGCCAUCAUGUCGGAGUUCUUUAAUGACACUACAACGGCCUUUUACAUCAUACUGAUUGUGUGGAUUGCGGAUCAAUACGAUGCCAUAUGCUGCCACACCAGCAUCACCAAGCGUCAUUGGCUCAGGUUCUUCUAUCUGUAUCAUUUCGCAUUCUAUGCGUAUCACUACCGGUUCAGUGGACAGUACAGGACCCUGGCACUGCUCUCCUCGUAUCUCUUCAUUCAGCACUCGAUGGUGUUCUUCUUCCAUCGGUAUGAGCUGCCUGCCAUCAUGGCACAGCAUCAGGUCUUCAUAAUCACACGCAACCAGGUGAAUCCGGGGGCUGCUGCCGGAGGUGCAGCAGCAGGAGCAGCAGCAGCAGCAGCAGGAGUAGGCGGAGGAGUGGCGGCAGCCAGAAUCGUGCCUGUACCCGUGGAACAGCAGGCGGCCUUUCAACGUGUUAUCCACAUUAUGAAUCGUCUGUUCAGCCAACUGGGCGCUCAGCGUCAGCAACGUCAGCAGCAGCAGCAGCCAAGACCCGACGAGCCCCAGAUGCCGCCAGCGGGGGCGGUAGCUAACAACGGCACGGCUGCCAUGGCCGUUGCAUUGGCCAAUUUGAGACGCCUGCCCUUGGUUGGGCAGUUGUUGCAGCGUCGCGACCAGUUUCCCACCGUGCGGCGUGUCUUUCUCGGCCACGGUGCCAACGGCCGAAUGAUGCAUGUCCUCUUGCAGCGGGUUAAUAUGGCCGACAUACCCGAAUUGCGCAAUCAGGUGCAAGCCAUUGCUGCUGCCGCCGCCGCCGCAAACCAGAGGGCAGCAGCAGCCGUAGCAGCUGAAUUAGCGGAUGGUGGCCAGCCGAGAGAAACUACCAACAGCAGCACCACAGAAGCAGAAGCCGGUGCAGGACCAGCAGCAACCUCCAACGCAGGGGCAUCUUCCACAUCAGCAGAUGUCGAAACGAAUCAGGGACGCAAGGAGCCAACAGCAGGCAUAAAUGAUGCAGCAGCCCAAGGAAACGGCAGGCAGGAGGAGGGCGAAUCGCAAUCGCUGGCUCCACAGACACAGGAAGGCGCUGAAACUGGUGGGGGCGGACAAAAGCCCGGCGUGUCCAAGGCGCUGGAAAAUCCAAAUUCCGUUGCGGCGGAUAUUAUAAAUGUGUCGGAUGAAACUACUGCAAAACGAGUAGUGGGAGCGGCUGCCACUCAAGAACCAAAUCAGCAGCUUACGACCCGGACGGGAGCAGGAAAUGGGGCCGAGACCGGGAUCGAAACCCACAUCCACGUCCACUCUGUGUCCCAAUCGCUGUCCCAGCCAAAGGCAAAGCAAUUAGAAAAUAAUUUGCCAGAGUUUCUGAACGCAGAACGGGGGGGACUGACAGCAGCGGCAUCAGGUGAAAAGCAAAGCUGUCCACUAGAAGCUCAUGCUAUUAUGAAUGACCAGCAGGAGAAUAACAAGCCGGACGAGGCCGCGACGGCAGCAGAAGUAGCAACAACAUCAGCAGCUGCCAUGUCAAAAGAAUCUACAGACGAUGGGGCAGGAGGAAUAGGAGCAGCAGCAGCAGCAGAAGCAGCAACAGCAGCAGCAGCCUGGCCAAUGAUGGAUGACAGGCAAACAGUUGAUUUUAUAGGAGGCGACAGCCCAACGUCAACAGCAAAUUGCCAACUCAAUGCUGGAGCAAACCACAAGGCAAAGAGGGAGGAGCAGGAGCAGGAGCAGGAGCAGAAGGACCAUCAGCAGCUAAUGAAAACUCCACAACAUACAUCAAACCAAGUGACAACAGCAGCAACAGCAGCAACAUCAGCAGCAGAAUAAGCAACGCAUUAAUGGCCAGGCCCCAGCCUCCCCCCGGGCGCCACUGGGCCACCCUGCACCACUACCCCCCCUACCCCAUUUAAGCACCACCCCUUCCCCCGACAUAACUAACCGCAUAACAAGAUGUUAUACAUAAAAGAGAUAGUAAAUUUGUAGAUAAUUUGUCUGGUGUACUUAUGUCUGGAGAACAGCCACGACUCACUGCCCAACCGCCCGCCCUACCUUAUCUGUUCUAUCCCCGUGUGUGUGUGUGAAUGGAAGGGGGUGGGGAAGGAGGAGUGGAUAUGAGGAUGUUGAUUGGUUGUGGGUGUGAGAGCGUGUGUGAACUAGACAGAACUCAAAGGUUGACUGAUGCUGCUGCUGCCACGACUGCAGCGACUGCAGGCAAACUGUGUUAUUAAGGGGGGGCAGGGGGAAGGAAGGAAGUUACGAAACUUGUAUGCUUUUUAAUUAGGCCAAUAGAAAGGGUUUCCACACCCAUACAUAAAUUUCAUACAUACAUAUGUACAUGCACGAAUGUAUACACAAGCACCUAGCCACACAAACACAACCAAGCUCAUGCACACACACACACAGCCACACGCAAGCUAGUCGCUAUGUAGACUUAACUUUUCGCCAACCUUCUGUCGGCUGCUUUUAUCGAGAAAAAAUUCGCUGGCAAUUUUUAAUUAAUUUUUCGACACCCCAUCUACCAGCGAACCCAGGGAUCCCAGGAUCCCUCCAGGCCGCACCGCAUGCCCCAACGGACGGACGGACGGGCGGACUGAGCGCAAACCUUUCCGGCCCCUGAUGCUUAUUUUGAGCAAUUUUUUUCCUGAAUUUCAUUAAAUGUCAAUUGUAAAAUA